GGUCAUGUGAUCAGAAAUUAACACUGGUGUUUGGAGGAAGAGUUUCGGGUGAAUAAGAAAUGAGAGAUUCACAUAGAGGAAGUGAAAACUGGUGGCGUUUAAGAAUGAAGUUUUGUGUUCAUCUGUGUUAGGAUUUCUCAACCAGAACUGGAAGCAUGGCGAGUAAAUGUAUUCCAAUGGAUCUGUUCCUCCACGUGUCUCUUGCUCCCUCUGUGUGUAUUGUAGCACUGCUGUCCUUCCUGCAGCGCAGAGAGAAGAGUCACCCGUUUGAGGGGAGAUUCCCGUACCUGCAGGGCCGAUUCGGCAUCGUGGUGCCGCUGGAUUUUCUGGGCAGUAUGAGUAAUCGCUGGUCGUACGGUUUUGCGUUCGGCGCCGUUACUCCCAGCGUCCUGCUGCUCUUCUCCGAGUCUUACACACCGUUUCCUGUUCCACCCUGGGCCAGAGCUUUUGUGUAUUUGGUUGGAGCUCUGGAGGUGGGCGUGGCCUAUCUGCCGUUCUUUCUGUGUCUGUCAACACCACACCGAGCACUCGGAGGAGUUCUGGGCCUGCUGUACACUGUGGCCUGGUUGACCGUGAGAUUAUAUGAAGUUAUCACGUGUCCUGAAGGUGAAGUUCUGGGUGAUUAUCAGAAGGUAAUAACACAGUGGCCGUGUUUCCUGUGUCUGGGCUUCCUGGUUGGACGCUUCAUCGCUAUGCUGGUGAAGGACGUGCGAAUUCGUUUGCAGUAUCAGAACGAGCAGCAGGUUGAAGAGGAGAAGCUUUAUCAGUCUAAUCAGUACAAAUACGUCCAAACACUGCUGAGACGACCUCCUGAACAGUCUGUGAAGAAGAGCUGGUUCAGGAGGAACGUGUAUGACUGGGAUCCGUAUUUUAAAUUCCCGAACAGAAUGAUCGGCACCUCCGUCAUCUGCCUCAUCGGACUGUACACGAUGACUCUGGCGGAUUACAGUCUGAGUGGUUAUAUUUAUCAGAAGCUGUUAACGGUGAUCGACUCUCUGGAAGAUUUGGCCAAAUCCAGUAACAACACGGAGAAUCUCUUAAUUUCAUUAUUACCUCACAUCAGCGAGUUCAGCCACGUGGCCUGGAAGACCUGGUUUGCCACCACACUGUUCGCCACCCUGACGUCUGUUACAUACACGUUUCACGUGUUAGCAUGUUACAGGAAGCACAUGAAGAGGCUGUGGGCAGGAAAGAAGAACUUCUUGCCAGAGAAGUACCACAAACCGAGCUCUGCUGUUAGCGUGGCUGCGAUUACACGAUAUUCAGGCUGGCAAAUCGCCUUCACGCUGUGGGGUUAUCUUAUCGUGCACUUCGUGCAGAACAUGUUUGCGUUGCUGUUUGUGUAUCUGGUUGUGUUACCGAUCCAGAAAAAUGGGUUCCUACCCUGGUUCUCCAGCCUGGCCAUCUUACUGCUGACGAUCUUCAUCGUGGUAGCUCUGGUGGUGGUGCAGGUUGUGAUGGUUCGGUUCUUCUUCCUGCAGGACAAAUUUUCACCUGACGAUAAAGAAAAACCGUUAGCACUCAACAACAGGAGAGCCUUUAACAAUUUUACCUACUUCUUCUUCUUCUAUAACGUCAUCAUGGGGCUGAGUAACUGCAUCCUCAGGCUGCUAAACAGUUGCAUUGUGGGUACUUGGCUUGUUCCACGCAUCGACAGGACCAUCAUGCAGCGGGGCUACGAGGCCAUGGAUCCAGGUUACUGUACGUGGGUGGGAAUGAUAAUAGCAGAUCAUCAUCACAGUAAUCCAGCUCUGGUGUGUUUCUGCCACCUGCUGCUCAAACACACACUGCGGAGAACACAGGCUGUGAACACGUACGCACCGUUUGACAAUGCAGAAUUCCCAGGCGUCAGCAGGGUCCGCACUCGCUGGCUUCUCCUCUAUACCCUGCUCAGAAACCCAAAAAUCAUUCUGUUGAGGAAGAGACACCAUAGCAACAACCUCCAUAGCAACCAAGACCCGCUCACCAUCGCCCGGGUGAUAAUGAUGUCAUCACAGCUCGAGAAAAACCAACGUAUCCAACAGCAUAACGAUGAUGUAGCUACAAUCGGAUAAUGAAAAACUUCCAGAGGGUCUCCUGGAAAAGAGCGAGAGCGCUAGAUCCCAAAUGCUAGCAUCUGAAAGAGGAGUAGCGGUGGUGGCAAAAAAAAAAAAAAAAAAAAAAAAGUGUUGGGACGAUGUACAUAGAUGCUACUGUACAAAGAGAAGUCAUUAGAAUUGUAGCCUGAUAGCUAGCUAAUAUGCAGCGUGCUAGUAGGCUAAGUGAUUAGCGAGCUAGCACUCAAACACAGAAAUGCUAAACAUAUGAUGGCUAGCUAUUGCGUACAGAUUGUAUAGAUAACGCAGCUUUAGUGUUACACUUUAUUCAAUUACUACACAUUCAUUUGAACGUUACAUUUGACUGACUCACAACUUGCAGUGCAUUAUGGGUAAACCUCACAAUCCUGUAUGAGUACUGUAUGAGUACUUGAAAAAAAAAGUAUAAAGAAUUAUUAUUAGAGAAUUUUAGCAUUUACUUAAAGUCAGCAACUGAAUUACAGGAUGAUUUCAUGAAAUUGUUAAUGUGAAGACAUGACACACACACACACACACACACACACACGCGUGGAAGUGGUUAAAGCUGUGAGAACACUGUUGCUAGGCAACUGGAAAACAUGGACUUAGCAUAAGCUAGCUAAUUUUUAUUCAUUUUGUUUUAUAUAGACAAUAUAAAGACACAGUCAGAGUGGAAAUGAGACAUAACCAUCCAGAACAUCAACAUUUACUUCAGAUGUGUUGAUAAAAUACUAAGUCCUAAUAAAAGAUGUGGAAAUUAUGCUUUUUACACUUAGCGUCAAAUGCUAACCAACACGUUUCAUGGGUUCCACUCAGUUUGUAGCGCUAGUCUGUCCUGCAGCUUGCUUUUUUUUUUUUUUUUAUGAAAUGUGUUUGACAGUAAAAGUCAUGUUGUUUCUUGUG